CUGGUCUGGCGGUAUUUCCCCAAACAGAACCUUCACGCCUUGUACUACAACGUGGUUGUCUUAAUGCUGCAGAGGAGGGCCUUUGUGUAUUUUGCUGACUGGCCUACGUGCUGCGACUUUGUCCGAGAUCACAUCAUAAAUCCGGUGUCGGUCAAAGGCUGCACGCUCAGCGUCCACUUUGUCUUGCAAGACAUGGACACCAUCAAUGUCGUGCCCGAGCCCCCAGCUGUGAAAUGUCAAACCCAGCCUCCUUUUACUGAACCUUCGGAUAAUGGGUCACAACCAGCUCUGCAAGCCAGUGGCCUUGGUGGAUCUGCCAAUUCUGAGCCAAUCACAGAAGGAGCAAAUGUUACCGCCACAAACGUUGUAGAAAUGGAGGAGGAUGGUGAGAAACCAGCAACUGAGAUCGCCAUGGAUUCCACUAUCGGUCCUGACGCAAAUGAAGCUGUAGAGAAAGUAGAAGUAAAGGAGGACGAGGGGUCACUAAUAACUUCAAUUGCUCCUGCUGAUGUGACCUCUGCAGGCGACAGUGGAAACACAGCCACUGCUGCUUCCAGCUCUACCGCUUCAGCCACAGCGUUCUUGCCUGAAGAAAAGUUUGCCGAACUUCCUGAGAUUAACACCGACAUUGUCCAGGCCCUCACGGCAGCUGUUCACCAGCACAAACUCGCACAAAGUAGCAGGUCCCAGAGUCAGGAGAACGAGAGCCUCAGCAAAAACAACACAAGCUCUGAAACUGCAACGGCUGAAGAGACACCUCAAAGAAUGGAUACUCAGGAUGAUUUUACAGCUGACACCUUUUCUUCAGAUGCCUAUCUUUUCGAUGAGCAAAAUUUCAACAUGGAGGACUUCGUCACUGUUGAUGAAGUUGGGGAUGAUGUAGAAGACACAACCCCUGAGCCUUGUAGCACUUCCUCAUCCUCCUCCAGAGCAAGAAGAGAGAGGCAAAGCUCAAGUGUGUUGGCUGGUGACAAACAGGCUUCAACAAGGUCUUCAAGAGAUUCUAGGAGCUCAUCCUCAUUGUCCAAGUCAACUAAAGGCUCAAGCACUUCUAAAUCAACCUCUGUGUCACCAAAACGGUCAAAGGACUCAUCUGAGCCCACCAAAUCCCCUACCAAACCCUUGUCCUCUUCCAAUGUCAGGAAGCCCUCCUCUUCUUCUCCAUUCUCUACUGAAACCUCUUCCUCCCCCGGUCAGAAAGUACAACAGAGCAAGACAAAAUCUCCAUCCAAAGCAUCAAAUAAUGUGUACUCUGUUCGUAGUACCCGUUCGUCCUCCGCUGCAUGUGAAAGGGAAAAGAUUAGAUCAGAAACAUCUGUUGCGGCAUCAGUGGAUACUCACAUGGAGCCACUUAGAAAAGAAGCGAAAGCCACAGGGGGCACAGUGGCAAAGUCUGACCACAAACUGUCAGCAGAGGGCACUGCUGCAAAAACUGUUGAGUCAGAAACAAAAAUAGACCAGCCUCCUCCAGACUGUCACAAUGAACAUACUUUAAAAGACCCUGACUGUGAUGUUACUGAACAAGAAGCCUUUGAAAUAUUGGACUCAAUUGAAGACCAGACUGCAACAGAAGAUGAAACUGAAACUUCCAGUGACCAGUUAGAUCAGCCAACAACUACAGAGUCAGAGUCAGACAAGCAAAAAAGGACCAAGCAACGGGAAGGGACUGCUAGAAAAGAUGAUAGAUCAAAAAGGAGUGGCUCCACAACCACAGCAUCCAGAAGUGAAGAGGAGAAAUCCCCAAAGAAACAGGACAGGACGGUUAAAAUGUUUGAGACACCAACCAAGAGGGAUACCAAAAAGGCCACUGAGGAGAUGGUGUUUGAGAUA